UUUUAGGGGUUCAGUGAGGGAGCUAAAUAUAUUAUGAAUGUGCUUAAGGCGAGCUUAAAAUCGCUCACUCUAGCAUCACCCAUAUUCUCGUAACAGCUGACGACGGAGUUGCCACGUAAUCAUAAGUUGACACGGGUGGCAGCUCUUUUUCCUCCAGCUUGCGCAUGGUCGCUCACUGGACUUGUGUGUUGAAUUCAAAUAUUUAAAUUUAUUAAGUGCGUCGUACUAGCCGUGGAAAGCUACACCUCGAGCUACGAAAGCUCCAAAUGCGCGAACAGCUUAAACCUGUUAUCAGCUCAACGAUUAUGGCGAGCGUUUUGAGUUGAUAUGGGAGCAGGGCUGGUUCGAACUUGCUCAUUUUCGUUCCAGCAGUGAAGCAUUCAAGUUCCGCGAAACGCUGCGUUCCCGAACCCACAUAUAUAGUAUAUAAAUACGUAUAUGUAUUUGCCUCAGAACCGAACACUAUGUGUGUGCAUUGUAUGUGAUUUUGCUGUGUAAACAACACUCGCGAAUCGCGAAAGCGAACCCGAAUCCAGUGUUCCACGAACAACAAGUCUAAACAGUAUAUAGGCGAAGAAAUAAAAAAUCACACGGCUGAAAAACCCGUGAGUCAUCGCGACGUGGCCGACAGAUAAUUUCCCAGUGCCGUCGAGACACCGGGGAAGUACCCAAAACGUUCACUCGUCGAGAUCACUCCGCUCGUUUCAAUCAUUAGCGCUGCGCUCUCCGGACGCGGCGGUUGAGUUUCUACGACGCAAUUUAAGGGAACAAAUAAAAGGGAAGAUGAAUCAAUACUACGACCUGGACAAGGGCAAGAAUGUGCUGUUCUUGAACGAUGCCAGCAGCACCAGUGGCUACAGCAGCGGCAACUCGCCCACAUCCACGACCCAAUCUUUGUCACCCGCUCACUCCCCAGCAACUAUGGCGCUACAAUCCGAUUUCGCAAAUCUCAACUUGCCAGCAGCAAAUUCACCUCAGCAGCCGCAGAAUUCACCAUACCAUCAGCUGUUAAAUGGCGGCAGUGGCCUCCUGUUGGAUGCAAACUCUUUGAUAAAUCCUGCUGGCAUUGGUACGGCAACGAGUUUCGGCAACAUGUACGAUCAUCCCUACUAUGUGUCACCUGGAGGAGCACCCACAGCACAGCAACAAUUCGGCUAUCAACAGAAUGGACUUCCAGCUGGCAGCAGCGACUCCAAACACGUGCCGCAGCUGCGAAUUGUGGAGCAACCGGUGGAGAAGUUCCGAUUUCGUUACAAGAGCGAGAUGCACGGUACACAUGGCUCCCUUAACGGCGCCAACUCGAAGAGGACACCGAAAACCUUCCCCGAAGUCACACUCUGCAACUACGAUGGCCCAGCUGUCAUUAGAUGCAGCUUGUUCCAAACAAACUUGGACAGUCCGCACUCGCAUCAGUUGGUCGUGCGCAAGGACGAAAGGGAUGUGUGCGAUCCACACGAUCUGCACGUGUCCAAGGAUCGGGGCUAUGUGGCGCAAUUCAUCAACAUGGGCAUCAUACACACUGCCAAGAAGUAUAUAUUCGACGAGCUGUUUAAGAAGAAGCAGGAUCGCCUCGUCUUCCAAAUGAACCGCAGGGAGCUGUCCACCAGGCAGCUGCAGGAGCUGCAUCAGGAGACGGAGCGAGAGACCAAGGAUAUGAAUUUAAACCAGGUCCGCCUAUGUUUUGAGGCCUUCAAGGUCGAAGACAAUGGCUCAUGGGUGCAACUGGCUCCUCCAGCAUUCAGCAAUCCGAUCAACAACCGCAAGUCCGCACAAACCGGUGAGCUGCGCAUCGUCAGGCUUAGCAAGCCCACUGGCGGCGUCAUGGGCAACGACGAGCUGAUCCUGUUGGUGGAGAAGGUUAGCAAGAAGAACGUAAAAGUGCGUUUUUUCGAGGAGGAUGAGGAUGGCGAGACCGUGUGGGAGGCUUUUGCAAAGUUUCGCGAGUCCGAUGUGCAUCAUCAAUAUGCAAUUGUGUGCCAGACGCCACCGUACAAAGACAAGGACGUGGAUCGAGAGGUGAACGUGUCAAUAGAGCUGAUUCGGCCCUCCGACGACGAGCGCUCCUAUCCGCCGCUGCCCUUCCGCUACAAGCCACGCGAUGCGAUUGUGUCCCGGAAACGACGUCGCACCUGCUCCACGGCCACGACCAGCAGCUCUGGUAAUUCCAGCACCAACAAUUCCCUGGACCUGCCCAAGACUUUGGCUCUGGCAGCAGCGCCUGUGGGUGGCCAGCCAAAUAACUUUUCUCUUCACGAUCAGACCAUUAGCCAGGAGUUCGGACGUGACCUGCACCUGAUAAGCUUGGAAAAAUGCGAUUUGGUCAAUACUGAGUCCUUCCGUAAGCUUAUUGACACCAACUCUGACGAACUGUUGAAGAUAUGCCAUGUGUCCAUGGACAUGGGCGAGCUGCAGGCGGAUGGUCAUGGACGUUCGGAGGCAGUGGGCAGGAAUCUAACCAGGGAUUAUCUGAGUGAGAUUUUUAAGAUCUUCGAUCAGGAUCGUCGCACGCCGAUGGAGGAUUCGAAGCGACAAGUGGAGGAUCUAUUCACGGAUCAUGCCCUCAAGAACGACAACAAUGACACGCUGCUACACGAAGUGAUAAGCCACAAGAAGGACAACUUGAAGUUGGCGAUUAAGACGAUACAGGUGUUAAACUACUUCCAGUUGAAGGAGCUAGCCAACAAUGCCUUGAACGCGGACGGGGACAGUGCUUUGCACGUGGCCUGUCAGCAGGAUCGUGCGCAUUACAUCCGGCCCUUGAUGGGCCUGGGCUGCAGUCCCAACCAACAGAAUCACGCCGGGAACACCCCGCUGCAUUUAGCCGUUAAGGAGGAGCGCAUCAAUUGCGUGGAAAGUUUCCUGAAUGGAAUGCCACCCGUGUCGUUGGACCUCUCACUGAAGAACGACGACGGGCUGACGCCUCUGCACAUGGCCAUUCGGCAGAACAAGUACGAUGUGGCCAAGAAGCUGAUUAGCCACGACACGAGCUCCAUCAGUGUGGCCAACACAACGGACGGCAACAAUGCCCUGCACAUGGCUGUGCUGGAGCAGAGUAUUGAGUUGCUCGUGCUCAUCUUAGACGCCCAGAAUCAGAACCUCACGGAUAUUCUGCAGGCGCGAAAUGCCGCCGGCUAUACGCCUUUGGAGUUGGCCAAGCACAAGGCCAACGAGCGAGUCGUCCAACUGCUGGAGAAGGUGUACCCAGAGAAGGCUGAUAUGGCUAUGACCUGGAUUCCGCGCAAGGUAAAGGAGGAGAUCGACUCGUCCUCGGACGAGAGCAGUGAGGCCGGACAGCUGGAGAUUAAAUCGGAAGAUAUGGAGAUCAAAACGGAGGACGAGGACUCCAUGGAGCUGGACCUGAGCAGCCAUAAUCGGAGGGAUCCGCCACUGGCCGACAGCAAAAUGGAAACGUCGCAGGCGAAUAAGCUGCAGCUGCUCCUCCAAAACAAAUCCAUUUAUGACCAGCUGAGCUCUCUUCUUAACGAACCCUUGGAACAUGGACCGGAACCACAUCUGCCCAAAUGGAAGCUUCUGGCACGGGAACUUAAGAUAAUGGCCUUUAUGUGGCUAAAUGCCGAAGCCUUUCUCGAUCACAUCCUGGACAAUGGCGCCAGCGUGGAGUUUGUAGAAUUUACCCGCAAGCUGCAGACAAUCGAUUCCAAGGCCUAUGCCCUGCUGGUUCGGAAUUCGUAAUAUAGCCCAUAGAGAUUUCCCUCCAAUCCGAACCAUUGGAAGCCUUUUUUACACCGCACUCCUCAGCGAGAGAGUGCUUUAUUAUGUAUUGAAAAUGUUGAUCAAUAAAAUACCUUUAAGUUUAUAACUUCUUAUCAGUA